GAGCCAGCGAACAGACGACCUGCUGGGUAAACAAGAGUGGAUGCAUCGAAAGGCAGGAAUGGCAACUCCGUCGAGGGCUAAUAGAUUUAAACUCACAUGUUACAGAAAGGACGGUGACACAGUUUGAGGAAAAAAAGGACUUAGACCCAGGUUUUGUGAGAUGCAGCGGAUAGACGCUUAGGAACUGAUGCGAGUGCACUUGCUGUUUGCCCUUUGAGGACGGACCUGCCACCAUGAAGAGUGAGGUGCAGUCUGAGGCCCCCAGCAGACAGGAGCAUCUGAAGGAGCCACUGGUGAACCCAGAGCCUAUAGACGCAGCCAAGAGCUUCCCUGACAACAUGGAGGUAAUUGGAAAGGCGGGCAGCGAAUUUGAAACCCUGUGUGAGUCCAGGCAUCGGCCCCUGAGGGACACAGAAACACACAGAGACUCAGAACGGACCCUCCCUGGGCGCAGAAAAAGAAAAGGCCAACAGGCAGGGCCAUCAGACUGCUCGCUGAAGGAGGGCCACAUCAGUGAGAGUUCACUGGCCCCUCAGCGUCCCAGGGUAGAACUUUUACAGCACCCCAGUGAGGACGAACAUAAUCACGAGUCCUCUUUUAGUGACUGGGCUUCGUCACCUUCCUCUAGCUUGCGAUUCGGGGACUCGGACACUCUCAGUUCAGAGGAGGAGGGGGAAGCUGGAGCAACAGGGGGCCAACACAAGGCUCCUACCCUGACGACAGGAGGAGCUGCUGGCGUUGGCCUGCGCCCUGUUCUGGGUCGAACUCGGGGGAAUCGCUCUCAUAAGUGGGUGCGGUCUGAAGCUGAGCCGGUGCUGCUGAAGAGGCCGUGUCUGAGCAGCCGGCGGCCCCUACAUAGGAAGCGCUUUGUGAAAGCAGCUCCUGGAGGGGGUCAGCGGACUCAGAAGCAGAAGGAGCGACUCCUGCUGCAGAGGAAGAAACGUGAAGUGAUUGCACGUAGGAAGUAUGCUCUACUCCAUAGCACCAGUAGUUCUAGCGAGGAACUGAGUAGUGAUUCCUCCUCCCCCUCUUCUACUGAAGCAGAAGAUGAGCUGUAUGUAGAUGUCAGCAGCACCAGCAGCCAGCCCAACAGUGCUACUGUAGCCACAGGUGCCCUGGAUGAGGACGUUGUGGUGAUUGAGGCAACUCCAGCUCCAGCUCCUGUUGUCCCUGCAAGCGAGGAGAUCAACGUCACCUCAACAGACAGUGAAGUGGAGAUUGUCACAGUCGGAGAUGGUUUCAGGUCACGCUCAGUGGCGGGUCUUGGCAGGAUUUGGGCUAAUAGUUGCUCCCAGAGUCGUCUCCAGGAGCCACGUGGACGUCACCGACUCUCCACCGUCAUCCAACCACUGCGUCAGAAUGCUGGGGAGGUGGUGGAUCUCACUGUCGAUGAAGAUGAUCUCUCAGUUGUGCCAACAACCUCUGGCAGCAUUCACCCUCAAACAAUCAGGUCAUCCUCUUCAUCAUCUUCCCAUCAUGCCUCUACCUCUGAGCUCCAUGAUGCCCCAGGCCCUUCCACUAGCUGCCCAGGCUCAAUACCUGAAAGUAUGCACACACAGAGGCCAAGCGGCUCUGCUCGCACAGCCGCAGAGGAUGACAGCAGACAAGGUUUGUCAGGUCCAGCAGGAGAGAACCCAGGCACGGCCAUGCCCAGACUCCCAUCCUGCUGCCAGCAGCACUCCCCGUGUGGAGGGCCCUCCCCUGGUCACCUGUCCCUGAGCCACUCCCACUCAAGCUGCUUGCAGGUGUCCUCCUCUCAGCAGACCAGUGGCUCUCAGCACGGCCACGGUCACAGCCACGGCAACGCUCACCACUUCAUCCACCACGUCCAUCACCCAGCUCCACAGCCCGCGGGCACCCUGCCCUUUCAAGAGCCGAGCUGCCCCGUGGAGCGACCCAGUGCUCUGCCCGCAUCCUGUGCAGGAGUCAGCAGCAGCAGCAACAGUAGUAGUAGCAGCAACACAGCCCACUACCAUGACCAGGAGAAGUUCGUCCCUCUUCUUGCUAAAAACAUCUCCUACACCUUUCUUGCACAGCAAACACUGCCAGUGGAUCUGAGCAACAGCAGUGUUCGGAGCGGUGGAAACAACGGGCCUAGUUUCCAUGGCAGCACUUCGGCCUUUGACCCGUGCUGCCCAGGCUCCACCUCACGGCCUCCUGCUUUCGUUUCCCAGACCACCCCUGGAACCAGCCAGCCAGCUGUGGUGGACUCGUUCAGCUCCUCCAUGGUGGCUCAGCCCCAGCCACAAACACAACCGCAGCCCUGCAGACAUUACAUGCACCCCUCCUAUGGCUCUUUAGCACGCUCACUGCAUCAUCAGCCCUCCUCCGCCUGUCCUCAUUCCCAUGGGAACCCCCAACUUACACCUCAGCCCCCUCCACAAGGGGAAUACGUUAUUCCCCACACUGUCACCUUUCAUCCGCCUCUGCAAUCCCACCCUUCAGGCCACGCCGUGCCCCCUGCCCCUCCCCCACCUCUGUCUUCCCACCACCUCUCUAGUUCGGGUGCCCCACUGGCUCAGCACCUGCCUACGGACCACCAGACCCUGCCGCACCAUAUGCCGGCGCUGGGGGCCUCGGUGCAGAGACUGCAUCAACACGAGAUACUGCAGAGGAUGGAGGUCCAGAGGCGAAGGAUGAUGCAGCACCCAACACGAGCACAUGAGCGUCCACCUCCACACCCCCACAGAAUGCACCCCAACUACGGCCACGGACACCACAUCCAUGUGCCACAAACUAUGUCUUCCCACCCUCGCCAGCCCGAGCAGAGAACAGCAUGGGAGCUUGGCAUCGAGGCUGGAGUGACUGUUGCACCGUACCCUUCAGGGCACCUGCACUCCCACCUUCCCCACUACCACCCUCCCCCCAGACUGCACCACUUCCCCAUCCCCUUCAUGACUGGCAUAUCUGAUGUGACUUACCCGCACAUUCGGUACAUCUCAUCUAGAAUGACUGGCUUUGGAAGGACCUAUGAGGACCUUCUGCAUUUAGAGGAAAGAUUGGGGACUGUGAACCGAGGAGCCUCUCAGGGAACCAUAGAGAGGUGCACGUACCCACACAAGUACAAGAAGAAGGUGUUGGAGAGAGACAUUGACCAAGAGUUAACCCCUGAAGCUUGGGCAUCUAUUGGGAAAAAUAUGCACGCAACCCCAGAAUCGAGAAAGCUGCAUAUUAAGCAAGACGAAGAAGAGGUGGCAGAUGAAGACACGGAAGAAAAAUGCACCAUCUGUCUGUCAAUACUGGAGGAGGGGGAGGACGUCAGACGCCUACCAUGUAUGCACCUCUUCCAUCAGCUGUGUGUGGAUCAGUGGCUCCUCACCAAUAAGAAGUGCCCCAUCUGCAGAGUGGACAUUGAGGCGCAGCUGUCUGCUGAGAGUUGAUGCUGUUUUUCUAACCGCCCCUUUUGUUGAAAAUUUAUUUAGAGAUCAUAUUAAUUUUCUCUUCAGUACUGCAGUCAACCAAAGAUGGCAUGAAUGACCUGCGCAGCUCUACUACGAGAAAAUAAAAAAAACACCUGACAAAAAAGCAUUGAGCCUAGAGUGCCAGCUAUCACAUAUUACUACAACAGCUAGAAUUCUCCAUUAAGGGUUUAAGAUUUUAUUGUAUUUAUAAAGCUUUUAUGUAGCUUUUGAUUGUUUCCUCAAGUGUCAUUUUUUUGUUUUGUUUUCUCUGCAUGUUUCCUUGCAAUGCAUUUCUUUGCACAUAUAACGUUGGCUUAACACAGCCUAACAACUCGCAGGUGAGGAUAGCUGCUCUAGUAAAGAUGCAUUUUUGUAAACCUAAUGCCUUGCUUUACUAGAAUGUCACCCUCCAGUAAAAAAUCCAACAUUGCAGGAUUCAUUUUACCAAUCAUUGUAUUGAUUAGUUUAUGUUUAGAAGAUGUGGAUUGUUAGUGAAAGAUGUUUUUUAAGUAAAAUCAAGACAUUCCUAACUAGGGAAAUAUGUUAACAGAUCAGCUGCUGUAUUAGUGCACACCCAGUAUUUCUAGAGUGGAAAUAAACUCCAAUGUUCACCUCACUUCCCAGAAUAUGCACAUGCUUUGCUACGAUUACACCUCCCUUCAGCACCUACAUUUGACAAAAAAAACACCGUUAUCGCCAUCAUCUGUAUUUUAGAGAACAAGAAAAAGAAUGUCACACCCCUCUCUUGACUGUUCUUUCUAAACUGAGCGAUUGUUGGGAACCGGCUGUGAAUCUUUUCUUUAUUUUGUCGGGGGCUCCUCCCUGCAGACGGGGCUGUGAAGGUUAACUAGGUUUCUGUAAGAUGAUCUCAGGUCUACAUGUGUGUAAGACAUUUCACAUGAGCCUGCAACCUGGGAUCAUUUGGUCAAUUUGAUACCGGCAGUGGCGUUGACUUUGAGUUCCUCUGUGUGUGUGUGCGUGUGUUCAGAGGGAAAUACACAGCUCAAUUUGGGAUAAAUAUUUACUGUUUGUUCUCACACUUCAAACCAUUUUAUCCACCCUCCCUUUUGUCUCUCUGUAGUUGAGCAGCAGCGUCCUUUUUCGGCUGCUGCUGAAAGAAAAACACUAAUACUGUUGAUUAACUCACUCGCAUAGACUUGCACAAGAGAGAAAAAGGUAGGAGAAUAGUAGUGAAUAUGACUGAGGCCAUGUAUUUCCACUCUGAUGAAUAUUAAAAAGGAAAAAAAAAAAAGUUAUUUUGAAUGGAGUGUUGAAAUGCAUUACUUAAAGCAGGUAUCCAUGCAUUCAUUGACUUAAAGGCACCAGGAUCAUAUUCUGUGGGAUUUAUAUUAGUUUAAAAAAAUAAUAUUAAUAAACUUGGAUAACUCUUAAUUGAGUCUUUUCCUUGGUCUCCUCUUUGAAAAUCAUGUUUGAGUGAAUGUUGAGUUCUUGAUGAAACUGCUAUUUUAUGAAAUGUCAUGAGAACACUUCGUCUUAAAAGAUUAUGAAUCAGAAUUG